UCCUAUUUCAAACCAAGGCUCAAUCAAAUCUGUACUUUUUGUUGCUCGACCUUGACCUGAUUUUGUUGACAUUGGCUGUCAUUUCCAAAAGCAGAAUGACCUUUGUUGGUACACAUGCCAUUGCAGAAUAAACCCUUUACCUUCAACUAGCUACGAUGGUCUCUACGAGCCAGACACCUGAAGCUGGAUAAAUAUUUUGAAAAUAUUCACCAAUAAUUGUGGCUCAGUACUAGUACUGAUCUUCUUGUCGCUUGCCUGAGCGUAAACAGUGUUGAUGUUUGCACAAUACUCCUGAAAGAUAAAUACGCGGAGUAUUGAACGUGUGGCGAUCAUGGCUGAUAAGUGUGAUUACGAUGUGGCAGUAAUCGGAGCAGGAGUCAGUGGCGUUUCAGCACUGAAGUGUGUCCUUGAGGCUGGUCUCAGUGCUGUGUGCUUUGAGAAGACAGAGCAUGUCGGUGGUUUGUGGCAUUUUACUGAGGACGGCUAUGGUGUAAUGAGAUUCACACAUAUCAAUGUAUCCAAGUACAACUAUUGCUUCUCUGACUAUCCAUUCGCGGAUGACGUUGUGGACCACCCGCACAAUGCUGACAUGCAGAAAUACAUCGAGGGCUACGUGGAGCACUUUGAUCUCAUGAAGCACAUCAACUUCGGCACCACCGUCGUGCACAUGGAACAGCAGACGGACAACGGUGGAGUCUGGACUAUUCGUACCCAGAGCGCCAACAAGGCAGAAAGGACGGUCGUUGUUAAGAAUGUAGCCGUAGCAACUGGCCACCAUGCACUACCAAUAAUGCCAUCGUUUCCAGGCCAGGAAACAUUCAAAGGUGAACUGCUGCAUAGCGUUGCCUACAAGGACGCCAUUACUAACGGAAUCGUCGACAAGAAGCCGCUGGUCAUCGGUGUUGGUAACAGCGGAAUGGACGUUGCCGUUGAUCUGUUUGCACGCGGUAACUGCAAGCCAACCCUGCUGAGCACCAGAUCCGGUGCAUGGGUGAUCAACAAUCACGUGUUCAACUACGCCACCGACCUGUACGCAUGUCGAUUGUUUCUAUGGUUGCCAUGGCGCAUCGCCACCGUGAUUGUGGAGCUGGUGACCAGACUGACGAAUGGCAAUCCAUUUGAUUUUGGCCUGAACCCGAGCAUGCAGAUGCUGCAGACCCAGCCCUCGGUCAGCGGGGCUCUCUAUUUCCAUCUCCGGCGUCAGAAUGUCGUCGUCAAGCCAAAUGUGAACAGAAUAUCGGGUAAUCGUGUCUUGUUCACGGAUGGCUCAUCCGCCGAUGUUGACACCAUAGUCUGCUGCACUGGGUAUCGGAUACACCUGCCGUUCAUCGACACCAAGCUCAACAAUGUGCUCCUGGACGAUGAGAGUAACGAGAUCAGUCUGUACAAGAAUGUCUUCUCGCCGUCCGUUGGCCCGUCACUGGCGUUCAUUGGCUUUGUCCAGCCAUCGUCUGGUGGCAUACUGAGUAUGGCGGAGACGCAGGCGAGAUGGUUUGCACAGCUUUGCCUCGGUACUGUGAACCUACCAAGCAAACAACUCAUGCAGAAGGACAUUGAAGAGGAGCGGCAGGUUGCCAGGGAGCGCUACUGCAAGUCCACGCGUCACACCAUCCAACGAGAUCCGAUCGUCUACAACGACGAGAUUGCGUCGCUCUUCGGUGCCAAACCACAGUUCUGGAGGCAUCCCCUACUGGCAUACCGGCUGUUGCUAGGCAGCUGUGGGUCUGCACAGUGGCGUCUGCAGGGCCCCGGUACAUGGAGUGGUGCUAGCAAAUUGGUACGCAGCAUUCCCGUCACGCCGCUCAUGCAGGUCAUGUUUUGGGCUCUAGUUCUGCUGCUUGCCUGGAUGAUCAAAGCCGUCUACUCCGUAUUUGCUUGAGCAUCCUCGUACACACAGUGAAACACACACGUUACGAUGUGCGUGCCGGAGUAUCGGCUUUACUUGUGUCAAACACACACUGCUGUGUAUGCCAGUAUGUCCUGCGUACAUUGCUGUGUAUGCCAAAGUGUCUCGUACAUACAUUGCUGUGUAUGCUGAGGUACUGUAUCUCCUACAUACAUUGCUGUGUGCAUGUGCCGAGGUAACUCUGCCAAGCACACAUUGCCUGUGCAGUGCAGAGUACUGUUCUUGCCUUGAGACUGCACUGCAAUGCCAUGAGUGAUUCACUUAGAGGAUCCAAUAUCACUUAGCUACCGUUAUUUCCUUUCGUGCUCUUGUUCGUCUACUUCAAGUACAAGCUUUAGAUAGAGCAAACGAGCCAAGUUGAGACUACAAACACAAUAUUAUACUAGUCAAUAGUAUGUUCUUCAAGCUACUUCAGUACUUGUAUAAUGGACACGCUGACGACUGCCAGAAUGAUAAUAGUGCUCUAUGGCAUUAUAGCUGAUAUUACUCCGUUCUACGCUACUUUGAAGUCACUUUGUCUAUUGCAAUGGUGCCAUCACGCACCAAUGCAUUAUUAUACACAGUGACAUAGCAUAGCCUAUAGCUAUCAUGAUGCAAACUGAACAGAUUUAACUGUUCUGUGAAAUUUUGCAGCCGCAUCAUUUUUGUAUGUGUUUUUUUCCAAAAUGGUUACACAUAGUACAUACUGUCUGUGGUAUACAAGUAGUUUUUUAAUGGUGUACAGCUGGGAGUGACUGCACAUUUACAGCUGGGAGUGACUGCACAUUUCCCUUUAUAUCUCUUUAAGCUAUUUACCUUUCAAAUUUAGGAAUUGUACAUUAAAUUUUGUAGUCAAUGAUGUAGUAAUCCCACAAGUCACUGGCAUCCUACUUGAACUUCAGCAGAUGUAGCUCCUGCAUAUCUGAAAAUUUGACUGUCUUUUCCGGGUAUUAGCUACACGUUUAUUUUCACAAACCAUCCAGAAACUGACAAUUCGGUUUAUGCUCCGAACAUUCA